AUGUUCAACACUAAACGUCGAAGUAAGAUUAAGAACGACAAGAUCAUGAGAGGGAGCCUGGAAUUGUCUACUUAUGGUUUUGACAUUGCUAAUAGAACCGGGGAGGCGAAUGUGCCUGCUGAUACCUUUUCAAGAGUGAGAGCAAUGAGUCUUAGCGUGGAUAAACUGGCCGAGCUUCAUCAGUCUCUGUAUCUCCCUGGAGUAACUCGUACGGCACAUUUUGUCAAAAACCGUAAUCUUCAAUUCUCCAUCGAGGAGAUCAAACGUAUCACGCAGUCGUGGAAGACUUGCAGAGAAUGCAAACCUCAGUAUUAUCGUCCGGGACCAUCUCAAUUGAUAAAAGCGACGCAACCCUUUGAGCGAUUCAGCUUGGAUUUUAGCCUUAGAUUUGAGUCACUCAGCUUGGAUUUUCAUGGAGCCGAAAUUCCCCAUAUAACCCAUGUAGAAAUGGGCAAGUGGAACGUUUGA